UCCACCACCCACAGGUCUGGACCCAGUAAAAAUGCUUGCCGCCUGAGGUUCAGGUCAUGUACUCCUAUGCCUGCCUUCCGCCUGGGGAGGGCAUCUGGCCUCGGCUGCAGUACCUCACCUACACCUACCUACCCGCUCCCCUGCUGCUGCCGCCCAUCCAGACCCACAACUUCUGCAGCCGGCCGGCCGGGCUGAGCGCGGCCCCGCGUGAAUUCCACUGCUUCUACGGUGCGACCCUGGCCUCCACGCCGCCCUGGUUGCUCUUCCCGCGGCCGGGUGCCGCGACCCUUGGCUCGUCGUUCCCCGCGGCCGGCGCACCUGCACCAUCUCAGCCCGCGCCCGACGCCGAGCGCUGGGAACAGUCGCCCGAGGGCGCGGAAAUGGAGCUAGGAGAUGAGUAG